AAUCUCAUUUGGCUUCAGGGAGAGAAAUGAAAAAUUUAGACUGGGAAUUUACGAUUUGCCAUGUCACAAUAUAGCUAGCUGGGCUCGGAAAUGGCAGUGGAUGUUUUUCAUUGCAUCAGGAGGACUUGGGAGCUUAAUUGUUUUUAAAUCUUGUUCAUCAAAGGAAAAAUUGUUUGAUUGCUCAGUCCAUUCACAAUUCAAUCACAUAUCAUUAAAUGAUUUGUUCCAUUGAAUGACUUAUUCUGUGAUAUAUAUAACCUAGAAGAUGUUGCCAUGGCUUCUGGAAGGACACUUGGUUCUCUUGACCUGUGUUGCUUGCCUAUUCCUAGAAGUAUUCCUGUGUGCUUACUGCUUGGGCAGAAUUCCACAAUCAAAGACAUGGUUCGAAUGAGUGCUUGCAUAACUAUUUGUUGUUUUGUUAUGGCGUUCCACUUCUGCAACACCAGAAGCUGAUUGCUUUACUGGGCAUCCCGGAGAUUAUAAAACGCAUAUGUUUGCACAUAAUGGAGGUGGUCCCUGUUAGGAGAAUGCAUGGUGAGUUCAUCAUUUAAGAUCAGAAUUGAUUGGGAGUGAAUGUCAGACUCAUCUAGUCUAAUGAUGUGGGUGUGUUUGUGCGUGUUGCGUGUGCAAACUACAUAUCAAAUUCUAAAAAAUUGCCUUAGAGUUCUUGUUUGACCUGAUCCGCGCCUUAUCUGGUUUGGAUACAGAAAUCUGCACAUCACUCCUUCAACAAAUGCUUCUGAGUUGCCUCCAUGUAGGAGAAUAAGUUCUGACUAUGCAGCAGCUUGCCAAUAUAAUCACAUUUCUGUGGAGUUCUCAAGACAUGUUUAACCCCAUAAUCAAAUGGUUUGCAGUCUGCUCAAAACUGGCUUCUUGUUUUUCAUAAUAGUUGGCGAGCAAGCAACAUAAACAUAUUUAAGAGCAAAGGUUUUUUUUUCUGAUAUUGUGUUCAGAGAAGGGUCUCAAAAUUAUGUAGAGAGAUUCUGAUUUGAGAUUUGAACUUCUGAUACUAUAUAUAUAUCAUACACACUUCUCUUUAAUUGAUAAUUUAGAUCUUGUCUGUGUUGCUUGAAAAAAAUGAGUCCAUACCAUUUUUUACAGUUCUCAAGGGUUUACUACAAGCAGAGAUAUUGAUAGGAAAUUUCGACCCAUCUUGGAUCAGCAACAUAGAGCGGAUUGGAAUAAUAAUAGCAUGUAAAUAUUGUUGAUUGGUUCUAGCCAAUAUUUUCUUGACAUGAUGGCCCUACAAUUUCAUUUGGAAGUUAUUCUCAUUUAUCCUUCCCUUUUUAAAGGAAAGUUAAUUUCAUGAACAUUAUUAUAAGCCAUGUAUCCUAAAACCACUGUCUGUGACUUAUGUUCUAGCGAGCAACCUAGAUUUCUAUUUUGUCUCAAAAACUCUGGUGAGUAUCAAUAUGGUGCAGCUACACAAACUCAUCCAGCUGCCAAUAAAACAGUCAUUCAUUGUGUUUGCCAAGUUAUUCUUGAAGUGCAUUUUUUGGAGGUUUGGUUCACAGUGGGUUGGGGUUUAUGAUCUGAUUGCACUUGUGCCUUUUCUUUUCUGAACUUCUAACCAUGCUCUCCUGCAUUGCUUACAUAGAAUUUUCUCCUUCCUUUCUUCUCCCGUUCUUAUCUUACAUGUGUUCGUUAUACAGGAAACUGUGCGAUAUUGUUUUUUUUUUUUUUCCUUUUGAUUACUUUUUAACUAUUAGUUAAACCAUUAAUAACAUUUUUUUUAUCCUUUAACUGUUAUAUUGUUGUUCUUGGAAGUAUAACUUAUCAGUGCCAGCACGGGAUGGUGUAAGCACAAUCCUGUACCAGAGAGCUAUCUCUCCAGGUGAGAUUCUAAACCUUGUUCCAAAGUUUUGGCACUUAGUUUGAAUCAGAUUCAGCAACUUGGAUAUGAUUUUUGCCAUGCUGAGGAGAGCACAAUAAGAAUGUUAUCCGGCAAAAUUCUCAACUGGACUUGGAGCUAUUUAUUUGUCUCUCUGAAGUAGCAGUUGUUCUCCUUUUUCCUCUGGUAGUUUGUGGCUUCUUUCUGGCUAUCCAUUUUAGCUGACACGCAAGCAAAUUUGACUACAUUGUGGUGUUUACUUGUACAUUUCUCACUCGAAGCCCAUCAUGAUCAAGCAGUGGAUACAGUUAUGCUUUCUACUCACCUUUUGCGAGAAUCUGCGGAUUCCUUUCUGGUGUUGGGUGCGCCCUGAAUGCAUAAAAGGGAGCUUUUAAAAGAUGUUCAGAGCCCAGCCAAGGAAUGUGGCCUUGGCUGCUUGCUGCACAACAUGGAAGAUGAGUCUGCAAUUGUGCUCCUACUGCUUGUGGCCACCCAACUCCACUUUGCUUCCAUUGCUGAAAGAAUAUUUAUCCUUGUGUCUAUGGGUCAUUCCACUCUGAUCAACCAUAGUUGAGCUCCUCCAGUUGGAAUUUUGUUCUACUUUAAGCUUGAUUUCUCAGACUCCAAAAAACAAUGAAGAGUAACUAGAGAUGUAUUCAAGUUGUGUAACGUGGAGUAUGUUAUGAUAAGAUCAUAAAGUGUGAAAGGUUGAUGCUUUGGAGUUCUGCUGGUAGAGAUGGCAGCUGAUUCUAAUAUGGGUUCCUACCAAGCAAACCUGCCUUCAUCUUUCCAUCAUCCUCUCAUGGUUUCUUUCCAGUCAGGUGCAAUAAAUAGCUUGAGUGGCAUGGUUCCUGAUGACAUCUGCAGUUUGGGUGGAAAGAACAACAUCGUUGGCCAGUUCGAUUCUCUUGGUUCUGGCCUGAUCAAUCAUAUGGAUGCAAUGACUUCCAUUCAGUACUCUGCAGGAUCUGUUCUUCAUGAACCAGUGCCAGGGUUUGAACAUGUGUCAGGCUCGCCUGCAAAUUGGUCACAAGAAGAAAUUGAAAUUUUGCACGUAGGUCUUAUCAAAUAUUCUUAUCUUAUGGGAAUACGAAAGUACAUAAAAAUAUCUGCUAUGUUGCGUAAGAAGACUAUAAGAGAUGUCGCAUUGAUGUGCCAAUCGAUCACACUACUAUUUUAUCAGACAUGGAGUUGCAUUCACAAGGAAACUGGAAAGAGGCAAAAGAUGAAAGAAUAUUAUGCAGCAGGAAAGACAAAAGAUAUGCUGGAUAAGAUGGGCAGCCCUUCUUCAACAGCCAACAUUUCCAUGGCUCCUACAUUGCUAACAGGGAAUCAUAUGAAGAUCCAGGAUAGUAUACCAUCUGAAGCUCCCUCUUUAGAGCAUAUUUUGGAUGAAAAUAAUAAACUUAUGGAUGCAAUUGCAAAAAAUAUUGACAGAGGCAUGCUAGAAGAGAACAUUAAUCUUUUUCAUUAUGUGAAAAAUAACAUCUCGAUCAUUGAGAAUAGAAUAUGUGUAAUGUCGACAACAAUUAAUAAAUUUCCUGGAUCCAUGAGACAAAUGCCUAUCCUGAGGGUAUCUAUAAACGAUGAGCUUCUAGCCAGUCUUAUCAAUCACACUAACAAUAACAUUACAGGUGCUCUGCCAAUGAACAACUACCAGUUGGACACAAUUUGCAUCACACCUAACAUAAGAGGAUUCAGGGAGCACACAUAAGCUCUCAGAAAACGCUACCAAUUCUAUCAGCUUCCUCCAUUCAUCGUCUGUCUAACGAGGAGGCCCUCAUCAAGUAGUCAGCAAUGACACCGAACCAUGGAAUGCGGAGUUUGGCAAUGAAGUCUCUUUGAAGCUAAAUUGCAACCUGACUAACUCCUUUUUUUGGGUCUAAAUUUUGUAUGUUUUUGCUGGAUAGUUGGAGGUUCUUUCGAGUGUGAAAAAUAUAAUGGUGUUUAAUCCUUGAAGCAUGGAUAAGUGAAUAUAGUGGCCAGAUGUUUCUUGAUGAUCA